AGACGAUCCACACAGACGCCACAAACAAGAGGAAGAAUUAUCCAAAAAGGGAACGUUUCUCUCAACUGAAACCACAGAAGAAGAUCAGACACAUCUAAUGGAACUGUGAGGAACUAAAACCUGAAUCUGAAUCCAUCCUCACAGAUGGAUUGUACCGGAGGACAAGCAAGUCAGAUAAAUCACAGAUCAGCGCUGACUGACUGACUGGCGGCCAUCUUGGAAAGACAGGCAGCCCUGCAGCAGCAGCUCCAGCCGGGGCCCCUGCAGAUCUCGCCUCGCUCCCCAGCCACAGUGCCUCCUGCUGGGCAUCAUGGAGCCUGGAGCCGGCCGGCUGCCCGUCCAGGUCCUGGGAGAGAAUGAGGCGCUGCAGCAAUUCUUCAGUGGUCAGGAUAUGAGUGGUGUGUUGGAUAGUUCUGUUGCUGUGGAUACGAGCAUCCUGGAGCAGUACCUCAGCAACGACAUGGACCCUAACAACUUCAUGCUCCCUGAGUCUCCUCCUGACUCGAGCUCAGAGGCCUGUUCACCUGCACAGAUACCAGACUUCCACUACGAGCCUCCCUAUUGGUCCAACCAGCAGAUUGCCCAGCAAGUGUUCCAGCCGACGCCACGGCCUUCUGCCUCCUCGUCCUGUCGCUUUAAGGAUCGAGGCUCCGCUGCCAUCCACCCUGACCUGCUGACCCACGAUCAGCUUCGCAGUCUAGGCCUCACUAACACUUACAUCAAGCCUGGGACCUCACCUGCCCCACCUGCCCCACCUGCCCCACCUGCUCCACCUGACCCCCUGCACCAGCACAGUCACCACUCACCUGAACACAUACAUUACCUGAAUCCAGAGAGCUGCUCACAGGUUUACACCCCGCCCACGCCUCCUUCACCGCCCCUGCCUUCAUCAAACAGCUACACCAUGCCAUGUGCUGGUUCAGGCUUGGUUCCAGGUUUAGCCCCAUCCUCUUCGAGCUGUCGGCUGGGCUCCGCCUCCACACUACACACGUGCUCCCUGGAAAGUAAAAAGAGAAGAAGGUCUGAGUCUGAGGAGCCUUCGGCAGGAGUCGACAUGUCCUGCAGUGAAGGUGACGGGACUCGUGGUGGAGGGGGACUGAGUCUGGGAUCCUUCCAACUGCUGACAUGGGAACAGUACCAGCCAGGAGAGUGGAGCGCUCUGUACGACAGCAGCUACCAAACACUGUCUCCUCCUGCCUACCAUGUGGACACAGAUAAAGGCUUCAACUACUCUGCAGUGGACGAGGCUUUCGUUUGCCAGAAGAAGAACCACUUCCAGGUCACAGUUCACAUUGGUGUGGCCGCAGAGCCACGAUACAUCAGAACACCGAGUGGGCCGCAGGAGGUCGACCACUUCCGGAUAAAAGUAUUCGGGGUCAAGCUAGAAGCUCCCACCAAUCAGGUCACCAUCGAGCAGUCUCAGCCCGAUCGCAGCAAGAAACCCUUCCACCCUGUCAGGGUCAGUUUGCCCAGCGGCAAAAUCACCAAGGUGACGCUUGGCCGACUGCACUUCAGUGAGACGACGGCCAACAACAUGAGGAAGAAAGGCAAACCCAACCCUGACCAGAGAUAUUUUCAGAUGGUGGUCGGUCUGUACGCUGUGGUAAAAGAGGAGACUUUCCUCCUGACAGCUCUGGUGUCGGAGAGAAUCAUCGUCAGGGCCUCUAACCCCGGUCAGUUUGAGACAGACGGGGACCCCCUGUGGCAGCGUGGGGCGGUGCAGGACGCAGUGGUCUGUCAGGGCCGAGUGGGCAUCAACACCGACUCUCCUGACGAGGCAUUGGUCGUCUGCGGCAACGCCAAGGUGAUGGGCACCAUCAUACAGCCAUCAGACUGCCGUGCCAAGCAGAACAUACAGGAGGUCGACUCUGAGCAGCAGCUGAAAAGAAUCACUCAGAUGAGAAUCGUUGAGUUUGACUACAAACCAGAGUUUGCUUCCACCAUGGGAAUAGACCACACCCACCAGACAGGUAUAUUAGCUCAGGAGGUGAAGGAGCUGCUGCCGUCAGCGGUGAAGGAGGUCGGAGACGUCACCUGUUCUGACGGAGAGAAGAUUCCUAACUUCCUCAUGGUGGACAAGGAGCAGAUCUUCAUGGAGAACGUCGGGGCAGUGCAGCAGCUGUCGAAGCUCACCGACAAUCUGGAAAGUCGAAUCAAUGACCUGGAAGUGUGGAACCGCCGACUGGCCAAACUGAAGAGCCUGACGGGCAGCCUGCGCUCCACCGGGAUACCCAGGAAACCCAGCAGUGUGUCGAUGACGCAGAGUCCUGACACAUGUAAGACUGGGACAGUUCAGAAGGAAGGCUGGAGUCAGAAGUACUGCCACUGUCUGCGACAUAAAGUCUUCCAGGCUAGUGUCUUCACCCUGCUGGCCACCAUGGCUUUGUGCGUCAUCUCCAUCACCGCUCUGUACCUACUGAAUUUGAAGGAGGAAGACCUUGGCGCCUUUCCUGGCAACAGUAACAACAGCAUGGUUCCUCUGCACACUACAGCCUGGAGCAGCACAGUCCCGCCAACCAGCCCACCAGGCCCCUGGCCCCCAGACGUGGACUUCUGUGACCUGCUGUACUGUGACCAGGUGUACUGCUGCUCUUCACCAGCAGAGAGCAGCACUGAAUCCAACGUCACCAUCACUGAAUCAGCUGGAGCAGAGGAGUCUGAUCUUGCAGACAAAAGAAAAGAAAAACUUUAUCACAAGCUUAAAGAUGACAGAGACUGGACAAACACCACCAUGAAUUAUUUCAUGAUCAAAGAAAAUCAGCAGAUAAUUGACAGCAGAUACUGUCUAAGAGACAAAUGUGGGCCAGGUAGAUACAUCUUCAGAGUUCCCAUCAGCCAGUUUGUCCCAGUCAACAUGAGAGUCACCCUGCUCAUGAAUUCUACAGAGCUGCUGGUGGUCCAUCUGUGUAGUUUUGAUGAGUCAGUGGCCUGCUCUGCUGUGUUGGAUAUAAACACUGUGACUGGGAGCAGAUACCCCUCGAACACACAGGGAGAACACGAAUGGCCUCUCCACGUGGCUCGUCUUUAUCGCAGCUCUUAUCACUUUCGCUCCGCAGUGGCCGGUCAAGCAGACUGUGAUACUGACCAUCACUUCCGGGGGGCGCUCUUCACCGACUACCACUUCCACUUCUACCGACGCUGCACAGACUAAGAGAGUUCAGGUCGUAAAGACGCAGACCAACAGAACGACGUCACAAUAAUUCAUUUCAUCAGCAUCCUGCCCUCAAAGAUGAAUCAAAGACUAAUUUUCUGCACUUCAGACAGAGAAGUUAUUGUGGUAAUUAUGUACAGGAAUCAGUAAAUGGAACUCAGAUACUGAUUUUAUUCAUUUUUAAAGGAUGUUAACAUGAUUCAUUUACCUGAAAAUUUGAAAACUGGCUAAUUAAGUGGUACUCCUUUCUGUUGGUCUUUGGUUUUUAGUUAUUAUGAAGUUUGUAGAUUUUUGCUGUAAAAUACUUAUGCUUAUGGAAGAGGACUACAUCUAUGUGUAUCUAAAAUAAUGUGAAUUUUUAGAUUACCCUCUCAAUUUCAAGAAGAACUUUGAGAAUUACAUCAGAAUUCAACAAAAUUCUGACAUUUUCCUAAAAUUCUGAAAUUAAACUCAAUGUUUACUGAAAUUGAAGACUAACAAAAUUAAAUCAUAAUUCUGGAAAUUGAUUUUCUUAUCUGAAUUUGAUCACAAAACCACACUGAAAUACAAAAUAUUUAAAACCACAAUGUACUCAUGUUAAAAGAAAAUUGAAAAGCCUCCUAUAAACUAAGAACAGUGGUCUGCCUGGUGCAAGAUGUUAAAAUUGCUUGUUAAAAUAAUAAUAUUGAUGUGGUUUGAGUCAUUUCUGAGUGUGAAACUGUGAAAUGAAUCUUUUCUAUGAGCUGAACUGAAUGUGACUCCUGACUGCUCUACUUCAUGUGAAAUGAAAGCUAAUAAACAGUGAGGUCAAAAAGUUGAAUAAAAUGUUUAAAAAAUGUA